AUGGAGAAGUUUGGGAUGACUUUUGGGGGCGGCCCCGACCGGAAAGAGCUCCUGGAAACGCUCGAGUCCCAGAAGAAGCAGCUGUCCCAGUAUCAGAGCCGCUUCAAGGACCUGCUCCACGCGUACAAAAGUCUGCUCAAGGAGAAGGAGGCCCUGGAGGCCAGUCUGGAGGCGCUCGGCGCGUCCCGUCUCGUCGCGCGGGAGCACGGGGAAGGGGGCCCGCCGGGAUGGGAAGGGGGCCCGCCGGGAUCGGAAGGAGUCGCCGCGGUCGGUCCCGGCAGCGCCCGAGAAGAUCGGGGACCGCUCGCGGACGCUCGCGACCCGGGCGUUUGUCCCGCGGACCGGCUGGACGCGCUCGCCGGCGCUUUGGCCACCGUCACGCGGGAGAAGUCUCGCAUGGAGGCCGGCUUCCGGGCCGACCGGCGGCAACUCAAGCGGGAGGCGGACGAGCUGCGGGAGCGCCUGGCGGCCCUCGACAAACAACGGCAGGCCGAGACGCGGGACCUGCGGGAGCAGUUGGCCGAGAGCCGCGCGCUGGCGCUCGGCCGGCGGGAACCCAGCGACCGGUCGCUGCGGAUUCAAGAGCCACGUGAGCUCCCCCCCCGGCCGCGACCGGACGCCGAGCCUAGCCGGGUCGACUCCACGCCCGGGGAAGAAGGGGAGGGAGCGGAGCCCGCCGAGGGGCCCGGCGAGACGGCGGAGAGCUGCCGGGUAAGUAGGUCCGAGGCCGUCGCGGCGUCCGUCGCUCUAACUCUGCUCGCGCGCGCGCAGGCCGAUCGGGAGGAGGCUCGCGCUCACGCCGCCGAGCUUCGGGUGGCCGCUCUGGAGCAGCGCGUGACCGAGCUCUCCGACUUACUGGGCGCUUGCGAGAAAGCCAGGCGGCUGGAGCAGCGGGAGGCUCGGACGCUCCGCGAACGGAUGGCGCGCUCGGAUACGGAAAAGCACCCGGGCGAGCCGGUUCCGGACGCCGCGGCGCCGAGGGACGAUUUGGACAUAGAGAAGCCGCCGCCGGCCACGCAGAACUCUCCGGACGCCGCCGGAGAGCCCGAAGCCGUCCCUUCCCGCGAGGAGCUGAGGCGGCUCAAAGACGAGUUGGAGGACUACAAGCGUCAAGCGAAGGUAGGCGCAAAUCGGGCUUCCCGACAGGCGGAGCGCGAGAAGGCCGCCGAGGACGCCCGGCGGCGGCUGGAGGAGCUUGGGGAGAAGUACGUCAAGCUGCGCGCGGAGAGCCACGAGGCCGCCGCCUCGCACCGCGAACUGCUGCGGGAAGAGCGGCGGCGCGCGGCGGCGCAGCUGCACGAAAGCCGGCAGGAGGCGGAACGCGAGGGGGCGGCGCGCCGCGACGAGAUUCUGCGUCUGGAGGCCGAACUGCGCGAGCGGCGCCGACAGACCGCGGCGCUGCUGGACGACAAAGACCGGCAGCUAGAGCGUCUCCGAGCGGCCGCCGCGCCCGACCCCCCGCCGUCGGAAGGGGAGCUCGUCGCCGAGGAACGGCCGGCGGAGGCCCCGUGGCCCGCGCCGCUCCUGUACGCCGAGCGGCUGGCCAGAAAGGAAGCGGAGGCCGAGGCGCUGCGGCGCCAGAAGCGGCGGCUGGAGGACGACCUCCGCCGGCUGCGCGAGCGGCUGCUCGACGACGCCGGACGGCGCCGGGAGGAGAUGCUGGACCUUAAGGCCCGGCUGGACGCCGCCGCCCGGGAGCAGAAGCGUGAGGGCGCCAACGUGGAGUACCUGAAGAACGUCAUCUACAAGUUCCUGACGCUGCCGGACGCCGGCGGGAGGCGGCAGACGCUCGACGCCAUUCUCGCCAUCCUGCACUUCAGCCCGCAGGAAAAACACUGCGUCCUCGGGCAGCAGGGAGCGUCCUGGUGGAGCGGCCGCAAAAGAUGA